UCCAGGGCCACGUCGCUUUCGCGGCGCUGGAGACCACGCAUCUCAGCAAUGGCUUCCGUGGAUUCCCGGCGGAUGGCGAAUGGAGGCAGUGUCGCCGGAGCCUUCCAGCCCCACCUAGACUCCUUGCGGCAGGAGCUGCAGCAGGGGGACCCAACACUGCUGUCAGCCGUGGUGGCGGUUCUCGCGGUGCUGCUGACGCUGGUGUUCUGGAAGUUCAUCCGGAGCAGAAGGAGCAGUCAAAGAGCUGUACUUCUUGUUGGCCUGUGUGACUCUGGGAAAACAUUGCUCUUUGUCAGAUUGUUAACUGGCCUUUACAGAGACACUCAGACUUCUAUCACCGACAGCUCUGCUGUGUACAGAGUCAACAAUACCAGGGCCACUAGCCUGACCUUGAUUGAUCUCCCUGGCCAUGAGAGCUUGAGACUUCAGUUCUUAGAGCGUUUUAAGGCUUCAGCCAGGGCUGUUGUGUUUGUUGUGGACAGUGCAGCCUUCCAGCGAGAGGCGAAAGAUGUGGCAGAGUUUCUGUAUCAAGUCCUCAUUGACAGUAUGAGUCUGAAGAACACACCAUCAUUCUUAAUCGCCUGCAAUAAGCAAGACAUUACAAUGGCAAAAUCCGCAAAGUUAAUUCAACAGCAGCUUGAGAAAGAACUCAACACUUUACGAGUCACCCGUUCCGCUGCCCCCAGCACACUGGACAGUUCCAGCCCUGCCCCUACUCAGCUGGGAAAGAAAGGCAAAGAAUUUGAGUUCUCGCACUUGCCCCUCAAAGUGGAGUUCCUGGAGUGCAGUGCCAAGGGCGGAAGAGGGGACGCUGGCUCCGCCGACAUCCAGGACCUGGAGAAAUGGCUGGCUAAAAUCGCCUGAGGGGUGGGGCCGGAGCUCAGGAC